ACGGAGCGCAGCGGGAGGGGGGAGCUCCUCGGGCCCCCCGGACUGGGAAACCGCUCCGGAGCAGGAGCCGGUGCCGGUACCGGAGCGGCCCGGGGCGGGGACUGUGCCUGCCGGGAGCGGCCGUGGCGGAGCAGGGGGAUUUCGGGGCUCUGUCCAUCCCGGGGAAGUGUUGGGGUAACCCCGGUAGCAGCGGAGACCCUCGGGCUACCGGGCUGCGGGGCACUGUGGGGAAGAGGGGCCGCAGCCCCCCCCGGCCGGCCUGGAGGGGCGCGGGCAGCGCGGUGUGGGGGCGGGCAGAGCCUAGCUGGGGCCGGGUUAUUUCUUUAUUCCUUUCCACCUCGACUGGCCCUUCUCCGCCGAGGCGGGGGUCCCCGUGGGUGACCCCCCCGAGCAGAGGGCACCCCCCGGCCCUGCCUGGCCCUGCCUGGCGCUGCCGCCGCGCUGCCCGCACUCCCGGGGCCGGGCAGCGGCCGCCGAGGGGCUCUUUGUUUACCAAUCGGUAUCACGGACCGAGAGAGCAGGAAAUUGCGUCUGUGCCGGGCCGUUAAUUUAAAAUCGCUCUUUUUCCUCCCACCGCCUCUCCCCGAGCCGCUCCCCGCCGACCCGGGGGCUCGGCCGCCCGCUCCCGGCUCCGGCAGCGGCCGGGGAUGAGCAGAGGAGCGCGGCGGCCGGGGGAGGGCCGGGCCGGAGGAAUAAGGGCCCCCAUCUUCUUCCCCGGUCCCACCCCCGGCCGCUUCCUCCGCAGCUCCCUCCCCUCGGCCUUCGCUUCCCCUCCGCUCCCCCCCUAAAAUCAUCAUCUCCCCCGCUCCUUUCCCCAUCUCCCGGUAUUAAUUUCCCCGCACGCGAAUCCCAGCGCAGCGCGGCGAGCCCGGGCACCGGCGGCUUCUCCGCCCGCUCCCGCCGCUGCCGCCCGCCUCCCCGCCGGGACCGGGACCGGCUCUCCAUGGAAGGGCAGCGGCGGCGGCCGGAGCGCCUGAAGUUUGCCCCGAGCGAGGGAUGAGCGAUGGCGGGGCCGAGCCUGGCAGGAGCCCCGUGCUGCUGGCCGAGCCCGCGGCCACCGGGCGGGCCCGGGAGAAGGCACCGACCCGGGGGGAGCUGGAGAGCGCUCUGCGCGGCGGAGGAGGCGGCGGUGGCGGCCGUAGUGGCUUCAAGGACAUCCCGGGAACGUCGGCAGUCAGCCCCGGCUCCUCCAAGGAGUGCGCCCCGGACAGCGAGAGCCCGUCGGGAGCCGGCGAGGCGGACUAUUGCCGCCGCAUCCUGGUGCGAGAUGCCAAAGGGACGAUCCGGGAGAUCGUGCUGCCCAAGGGGCUGGACCUGGACCGGCCCAAGCGCACCCGCACGUCCUUCACGGCGGAGCAGCUCUACCGCCUGGAGCUGGAGUUCCAGCGCUGCCAGUACGUGGUGGGCAGGGAGCGCACGGAGCUAGCGCGCCAGCUCAACCUCUCCGAGACGCAGGUCAAGGUCUGGUUCCAGAACCGGCGCACCAAGCAGAAGAAGGACCAGAGCAGGGACUCUGAGAAACGUUCCACCGCCACCUCCGAGUCCUUCGCCACCUGCAACAUCCUCCGGCUGCUGGAGCAGGGCCGGCUCCUCUCCGUCCCGGCCCCCCCCAGCCUCCUGUCCCCCUCAUCCAACCCCAUCGCCAGCCCCACGGGACACGGCUCUGGCUUGGCCACCCCAGGCAGCACCUCCCCGGGGCUGGCCGGGGGGAGCAGCCCCCCAGCGCCAGCAGCCUUCAGCCUGCAGGUCCCGUCUCUCGCUUCCUCCUCCUCCUCGUCCUCCUCGCCCCGGCUGCCGGCGCCCCCGCUGUGUUUCGGGGGGCCACUCCUGGGCAGCCUGCACGACCUCCCGGGCACCUACGGACUGGGCACUUCUGCUUUUGAGCCUUACACGCGGCUGGAAAGGAAAGACAAUUCUCUACCCAGCAAGAAGCCGAGCCCUUAAAUCGAAAUCAGUGUCAAAAGGUCUCCCCCACCCAGCCCCACCUUCCAUCCCCUGCACCCCCACCCACCCCACACCCCGCACCGGGGUUGGAUUUGGCAGGUGGGAUGUGGAAGAUGAUUUACCGUCCAUCUGGGUGUGGGUGCAAGCGUGUAUGCCUGGUCACCCACCCUGAUACCCCGAUACGGCCGUGGUGACACCCCUAUACAGCCGUGGAUGACACCCCAACAUGGCCAUGGUGACACCCUGAUACAGCUGUGGAUGACACCUUGAUAUGGCUGUGAUGACACCCUGAUACAGCCAUGGAUGGCACCCCAAUACAGACCUGGAUGACACCUUGAUAUGGCGAUGGUGACACCCCGAUACAUCCCUGGGUGACACCCCGAUACAGCUGUGAUGAUGCUCCAAUACGGCCAUGGAUGACACGCCGAUACAGCUAUGAUGACACUCCACAACUCCCAGCCCCAGGUCACACCUCGGGGGGUUCUCUGGGUGUCCCAUGUCACCAACGCUGUCCCAUUCCUCGCCGUCACCGCUGGAUCUUCCAGGGCCACGUCUCCCCAGGUAUCGCGGUUCAGGGUCUGCAGACGGUGCCGUGGUCUCGCUGGGAGAGGAGCAGCUCUGGGGGGAUGUCGGACUGUCACCCCAGGGCUCGUGGUGUUGGUGUCACCACCGAAGCCCCGGGGAGCAGGAGGGCUCCCCAGAAGGGAGAGCGCAGGGCAGCACUGGGCUCAGUCUCUGCCCAGCCCUGGUGUCCUUGGGGAAGUGUCGUGCCUCAGUUUCCCCACCUGCCAAGGGCUUUGUGUUCUGGUGGAGGUUGUCUCAGAGCAUCCCGGUGGUUCUGGGGUCCGGGUCCCCUCUGCUGGGGGGUGGGAGGUCUGGGGGGACGCAUGGUGCUGGUGAUGUCCCCAGCCCCCCGUACCAGUGGUCCCUGCACUCAGGAGUCAUCCCCAGGCUCCUCCUGCAGAACCAAACCACUCUCCCACACCCCAAUUUGGUGCUGUCUCCCCUCAGCAAACCUCGGGGACACUGGAGGAGCCUCUGACCUCCCAUCUCAGCAUCCUGGUCCCCAAGGGUGACAAUGGCUUCCUGGGGGACAGGAUUCAGCUGUGAGUGUGUGGUGCUUUUCGGGCAGGGCAUGGCGUGGGGACAGCGUCAGAGAGACCAGCGGGCGGCAAAAACGAGAGGGACAUUGCAUGGGGUGGCUCUUCGGGAAAGGGACAGUGUGGUCCCCCCAGCAUCUGCUGACAGGGGGCUGCACUGGGCAGAGUUGGGCCCUUCUGUGGUGUGAGCGUCACCUUGGCAGGAUGCUGGUGGCAUCACUGUGGCAGGGUACCCUGUGGUGGCAUCACCAUAGCAGGACACCCUGAUGGCAUCGCCUUGGCAGGAUGCUCUGGUGGCAUCACCAUAGCAGGACACCCUGUGGUGACAUCGCCUUAGCAGGAUGCUUGUGGCACCACCUUGGCAGGACGCUGGUGGAAUCACCAUGGCAGGACACCCUGUGGUGGCAUCAGCAUAGCAUGAUGCUCUGUGGUGGCAUCACCUUGGCAUGAUGCUGGUGGCAUCACCAUAACAUGAUGCUCUGUGGUGGCAUCACCAUGGUGGGAUUCUGGUGGCAUCACCAUGGCGUGAUGCUCUGUGGUGGCAUCACCAUGGCAGGACGCUGGUGGCCCAGCCCUGGCAGGCCACCCUGCAGGGCCAUCACUGUGGCAGGGUUGGGGUGAUGCCCUGAGCCCCCUCCCAGCCCCCCCCAGACCGAGGGGCUCCUGCGUCCUCCUGCUGCCCUUCAAUGUGUCAUAGUGAUAAUUAGCACCGAGCACCCCCUGGGGGGACACAGCCGCUGGCCCGCACGCUCCCAGGGCUUUUGCAGGGAAAUAUUUAAAAUAAAUGAUUUUAUGAAGAGGUUUGGGUGUUUUUUUAUUUUACCUUGAAAUCAAGUGUUUCUAUGAAAUAGUAUUUAUUGAUCACCUCACGUCUGGAGCACUUUACGGGAGCGAGCCCUCCGGUCUGCAGAGCUAGGGACGGGUCGGCAGCCCCACGGCCGCAGGUGGGGAAACUGAGGCAGGACACGGGCUGGCCUGGGGACGCAGAGCGCAGGGCCAGGUCUCGGUGACGGUGACGAGCUCCCCUCUCCCGGCCCGGCUCACACCACACUCGCUGCCAACACCUCUCCCGACACGUGGGAUUUGCUGGAUCCUGCAGGUGCCCUGGGCUGCCCAGACCCCGACACCCCGUGACGUGUUUGACUGAGAUUGCGGGAUUUCGACAGGACAGAGCCCUCCUCCCUUCCCUCCGUCACUUAAUUUAUAUUUAUAUCGCCGUUCUUCGUCCUUCCCUGGUCUGCAAACGUGGUAUUGAAAGGCAGCGAGCGGAGGCGAGCGCAGCGGGGAUGCUGUUCCCCCAGCCCCACCGGAUGGGGGGUCCUGCCUGGAAACCCCCCCGGGACUGGUUUUGCUUCGGUUUUCCCUCUUUUCCCCGGGAGCAGCUGAAUCACGGGAGUUUCCCGAGGUCACCGGACCCCAGUUCCUCCCAGCUUGUGCUCACUGGGAGGAACCCUGGCCCGGUGCGGUGGAGAAGUGAGACCCUCGCGCCUCCCCAGGGGGAGCAGCUUUGGGAAUAUUUCAGAGAAAACAAGGCCUGGUUUCAUUUUUGAAGGAGCCCCUAAAGUCUGGGAUUUUUGGGGGGUCCCUGGUGUGUUCUUCCAGCCUGGGGCAGCCUCGUGGGUCUCCUGCAUCCUCCUCCCGUCGCUCAGCAGCCGGAGGGGUGGAAGUGGAGGCAGGGGAGCCACAAGCUGCCCUUUCUGCAAAUUUAAACCAAAAUGCUGCGUUCACAAAGACCCCAAAAGUGACCCAAAGCUGCUUGUCCAGAGUCUCCCCUCCCAAAGCAACCAGCCGCAGCGAAGCUGUCCCGGGGGCGCAGGAGGUGGCGCGGGAGGUCGCUCGCCCCCGCUCCGCUCGCCUCCAGCAGCUGCUCCUGGCUUGCACGUUGGACAAAAGGAUAAAGAAAAGUACUGGAUGUAAAACUUUAACAAAUACUGUGGUUUCUUAUGGUUUCUAAUGGUAAAUAAAAGUUAUGUCCUGUC